UGCGACAGUAGGGGCAGUGUCGAAAGUGUUGUUAGGUAACGUUAGCUUGCUUGAUGGAAUAGCCGCCCAGCCACACACAUUGGAUAAUGUUCGAAUGUGAAGGUCCUUGCAACUCUUUAAAGACAUCGAUAGCGUGUCCGACAUUAUAUUGUUUCCCAUGCUGUUUUUUUUAUUGAUAAACAAUUUCGGGUCAAGGAGCCUGUACGUCAGAUGUGAUGUCACUAUUAGCAGCCUGUCUUUUAGCAUUGUGGGACGUGUAAUGUAAGCAGCAAACAACGGGGCUUGUUUGUAAUGUAUGUGUUUUCCAAAUAGCAAUCUAAACGGGUCGGGAUAUAAGUAGUUCAAAGGAAAUUCCACAUUUCGACAUUGCGCGCAAAUAUAGGUCUUGUGUCAUCAAAACAGUUUCGGGAGAGCAGUGUGUGUAUACGUCUCUCUUGAGGAAGUGGGAUGUGGCCAGACUGUAUUAAUGUUGCCGACCAAGAUAUGAAACUCAUUGUAGCAGUGCUUUUGGAGCCUUGCUACAUUUUAAAUACUAGGUUAGACUUAGUGCUGAACGCGAGCCCAUUUGACGAAUUCGAUGACACCCCUCGGUGCUCGAAAUUGUGUUGGGGGUUGCUCAGAUUACCAAACUGAUAUCAACAUGUGAAUUAAAGAUUACCUAUUUUAUUUUAUUGAAAGCCAUUGAAUUGUGAAUGUCAACUCAACAUCAGAUAAUGGACUCAUCUUUAGCUUUGGGAAGACUGGAAAUCAAUAGACCCAUGGUGAACCUGGGGACUUGUCUCUCCGGCUCGGUGAAGGAGAAGAACGCUCAGGGAGGAUCGCAGGCGGCGCACCUGAACGGAUGUGUUCCGCUCUCCCAUCAGGUGGCCGGUCAUAAGUAUGGCGUUGAUAAAGUAGGCAUAUUGCAACAUCCUGAUGGCACAGUACUCAAACAGCUCCAGCCCCCUCCCAGAGGUCCUAGAGAGAUGCAGUUCUACAGCAAGAUCUACGCUGAGGACUGUGGCGACCCAUGCCUGUUGGACCUCCAGCGUCACCUCCCUAAAUACUUUGGCACCUGGUCCUCGCCUGAAUCUCCUAACGAGCUGUACCUGAAACUGGAGGACGUGACUCGGCGGUUCCAGAAGCCUUGUAUUAUGGAUGUCAAGAUCGGCCAGAAAAGCUACGACCCCUACGCCUCCCAAGAGAAGCGGGACCAGCAGAUCAAGAAGUACCCUCUCAUGGAGGAGAUUGGCUUCCUGCUUCUCGGAAUGAGGGUGUACAAGGUCAACUCUGACGAAUAUCACUCGUAUGAUCAACAUUACGGGCGAGGCCUUCUCAAGGACACCAUCAAAGAUGGUUUAUCCAAAUUCUUCUCUAAUGGGAGGAGUCUGAGAAAAGAUGCCAUUGCUGCCAGUAUCCUGAAGGUCCAGAACAUCCUGCGAUGGUUCGAGGGCCAGAGCCAGUUAACCUUCUACGCCAGCUCUCUGUUGUUUGUAUACGAGGGCCUGCCCCCUCCCAGCCCUGAGGGCCAUGUCUUCAGGGGCCCCCCAGAGAAGUCUGCCGCUGAUGCCUGCUGCGAGCCCAAUGAAGAAGUGUUGGAAUACAACAACAACAUCCAGGUUGCCAUGCCGCUUGACUACAGCCUGUCCACCAUGUAUGCCAUGUACAAGAAGGGCUGCACCCGGGGUCACCAUGGCAAUGCCACCGGAGCCAUCACGACAGGCCCCAACCCCCAGGAGGACAACAGCACGUGGAAGUGCUCAGGUCUGGUGUCAGCAGCACAACCCAAUGGCAACGGUAUCAAAGCCCAACUGGAAGAGGCUGGGGUGGGGGAGGGAGGCCGGGGGGAACCGCAUCCAGAGCAGAGGGCCAGCGAAGUGGAGGUGAGGAUGAUUGACUUUGCCCACGUCUUCCCCAGUGAGAGCCAGGACCGAGGCUACAUCUAUGGCCUGAAACACUUGCUGGAGGUGCUGCAGCAGAUCCUCCACCAAUAACCUUCCCUCUUCAGUGGUGUCUCUGCCUGUCCAUUGGUUAAGUGUACCCAUCUGUGUUUUACUGUGUGAAUGGAGGAGUUGUAGCGCCCCCAGUCUCUCUUCCCCUCGCCCUGUGACUCUCUGCACUAUAUGCACUAUAUCGAUGAAGUCAUUUCUCCAUAACUCUUUGUCCGAUGUAUGUGCUUCUUGAUUUUUAACCACUGUUAACAGGUAUCUAACUCAGGUAAAUGACUGUAACCUUUACUCACAGGAUCAUCUCUAAAGAGUACCCUUGAUUUGUUGGCUUGCCGAUCAUAUGUUCUAUGUUUUUAUAUAAUUUUGCUCAAGUCUUCUUUUCAGAUCUCAGAUUUCACAUCCUUUUGUCUUAAAUUUUCCCAGAACAUUGACAGAAUGAUGAACAUUUUAUCCAAGUUAUUAUACUCAUACAGUACAGAUUAAGUACUUUUAGCAUUGCUGUUCUCUAUAUAUUUUGCUGACAAAUUGCCUGUUCUUCUUAAAACCAGUGUCCUUGUAGUGCUACUUUUUAAAUGCUGUUACCCAGAACAAACAAGAAAAAAACAGAAGAAAAAAAAUCUUGCAUAAUUGCAUCAGAUGGUCAUUUAGGUUCUGGGAGGAGAUGUUAAGAGAAAGAUAAUAAUGUGACUUGCGAGGUCCCCCCCCCACACACACACACACACACAAAUGGAAACUCUGCAAGUUUCAGGCAAGUCUAUAGGCCAAAUGUCCCUGCAAUUUGAAAGAUGCGAGCACCUGCGAAAUGGUGAUUUGUCCAAGUGAGAAAUCAGUGUACCAGAACAAAGCUCCUCGUUAGUCGUCACAUCCCACAUCUGUCCACGACAGAUUAAGGUGACAUGGAUUGUCCUCCCUCUGCCCACUCGACACUGUGUCGUGGUCUGUUUUAAUUGUAAAGAAAUGCAAUACGCUACUCUGAUAAUGAACUAACAAACUGACCAGAGAGAGAUUGAGUUUGUUGAUCUAGUGAUUCAUGUUAGAAUGCCAAAGUACUGGUGGUUUUCGGAGAGAGGGCAAGGUGUGGCUAGUGUUCUAAACUUGAAGGCCUGGAAGUGAAUUAGAUCUUUGUGGUGCUGUCAGUGCCCUGACAGUGCUUCCACAGUGUGAUCUCCCUAUCAAGAUGGUGUCUUUUUUUUUGGGUGGAGAGAAAUGUUUUCCAUUUGCUUCUUCUUAACCAUGAUAGCUAUAGAAUGUCUAUGAUUUUAUUUUUUUAACAAAGAUAUGCAUAUAUUUUCAAAGAUAUGCAGACAAUGCUCCAUUUCUGUGUUUGAUUUGAAACUAAUACCAAAAGACACAAAAUAAUUUGGGAUGAUACUCUAAUCUUGACAAUUUAGUACAUAUUUGAAAUGGUAAAGAGGAAGAACCUUUAUGAGAAAUGUUUACAGUCUUUUGAAGAUAUUUCACGGUUGUUAUCACUGACUUGUUUCUUUUUACUCCAUGUUCAUUUCAGACAUUUAUCAUUCUGGCAGCUUUUACAUUGUUACUCAUAAUGUCUUUGUUAUGGUUCCAACUCCUUAGCAAGCGACCAGCUUCAGCAUUUUGCACCCGGGCAUUGUUUGUUUUAGCAAAAUUCUCUAAAUUGUAGAUACUGAUUCACAUUACAGUAACUCUCAUCUUCAUGAAGUACUCAUAAACAACCUAUAAGCACUUUAAAUUCAACAUGUCAUAACAUAUAGGCUUAUGCUAAUUUCGUGUUUAUAGAUGUGCUAUGAGUGGUCUGUGUAUAUGGAAGUACAGUAGUGCAAAUCGUUCCAGAAUAAGGUACCUCUGAGAUGGUUGUUUACAGUUGACAUCCUCUGCAGCUCCUUUAGAUGUUGUGGUUGUGAUGCAUUUUACUCUGUACGAGGACUGUACAUUACAUCUUGGUACAGUCAAUUAUGAGUUGUUCUACAAUGAUCUGUGAUCUUGUUUACACACCAGUUCUAUUUUAAGGGUAAACCUGUGUCUUUUGAAUAGUUAAUGGACAGGAAGUUAACAAAUGUUUGUUUUGUAUUUGCUUAAGUCUGCUGUUCUUUCUUUUUUUGUUUUGUUCAAUAAUGCACUGAAAAACAAAUGAAUAUAGCCAAUGUAUAAAAUCUGUUCCUUUGCUGUGAACUAACCAAUGACUUUCCCUGUGUGGAAAAGUUGUGUAAGUUGUUUUCUAUAAUACCUGAUAGAAAUGUGGCAAGACUGGAUUUUGUCUUUAGACUUCAGCCAAUCAGAAGUGAGAAUGUUGUUGUCAAUUUCUCUGUUUUGCAAACACUUAAACCCUUCUUUUUUUGUUGCAAACUGUAGCUUAGUAAUCAAAUAUUUGAUUAGUGGAAUCAGAUUAUUUUCCUGCUUGUAAUUAUUGUUCUGGACCCUUAUUUACAAAGAGUCUCAGUGUGCUGAUAUUGGAUCAGUUUUGCCUAAGAUUUGCAUAAUGAAUAACAUAUGGACAGGGGGGCUGGUCCUAGAUCAGCACUCCUACUGAGACACUUUGUAAAUACGAGCCCUGGGUUUCAUGCUUCUUCCUGUGGUCUGGAAUAAUAUGCAUUAGUGUCGGUGCUGUCAUAAUGUUCUCUAUGGAAAUACCCCAUGUAUCCUCUCCUCCUCAUUGACUCUGCUGUCUGUCCGUCCUGAGGGAAAGCCGAUCAGUUCUGACGUAUACAGUAACAUGAAAUGCAGGGGAAAUGAUGACGUAUCUACUGUUUCUCUCAUAUCGGAUUGAAAUUGAUGACUAAUUACUACUUUUGUAAAUGACCUAUAUUAAUAUGUAUUAUAUGUAGAUGGAUUCAAUAAUGGCUGUAUAUUUGGCAGAUGAAUAUUAUUACUAAUAAAAUGUAUUCCCAAUGAA